UAGUCGUGUUAUCCAAAAUGGCGGCCCCCUUGGAAGCUUGUGACAACGUGAUAACGCAUUGAAAUGCCCAACUCUUGGUUUUCUUGUAUAAUCGACUUUAAUAUCACAUACUUCUGAAGCUCCACGUUUAAUUAGUAUAUUCACCGGCUGUGCCUUGGAUUUUAAAGAAAUGGCUUCGUUUAAACCUACAAAAAUUCCUGUCUAUCCAAAACUUGGAGAAAAAGUCACACAGGAUACACUAUAUUGGAAAAACUACAAGGCUCCAGUCCAGAUAAAGGAAUUUGGAUCUGUCACUAAUAUUGACUACUCCCCUGUCGCCCCACAUAACUUUGCUGUCACGGCAUUCACACGGAUCCACAUUUAUAACCCGUUGUCCCAAGAACCAGUGAAGGCAUUCACAAGGUUUAAGGACACCGCAUACUGUGGAAGAUUCCGUUCAGAUGGUCAGCUGCUCGUUGCGGGAUGUGAAGACUCAGUUGUGAGGCUAUUCGAUGUCAGCGGCAGGGUACCCCUCAGGAUGUUCAGAGGACACACAAAAGCUGUACACGUGACGGACUUCACUGCAAACCAGUACCAGAUCCUCACGGGAUCUGACGACAACACCUGUCGGCUUUGGGACAUCCCAAAUGGGGUUGAGCUCAACAGCUACAAAGAACACACAGAUUACGUUCGCUGUGGUGUCACAAGUAAACUCAGCAGAGAUCUCUUCAUUACAGGCUCAUACGAUCACACUCUCAAAUUGUUUGAUGCCAGGGUGGAAAAGUCUGUAAUGACUAUGGACCACGGCCAGCCAGUAGAAAGUCUACUUCUUUACCCUUCUGAGGGACUCCUUGUCUCAGCAGGGGGGCGCUAUGUCAAAGUGUGGGAUCUUCUCAAAGGUGGUCAGCCUCUGGUGUCAUUGCGAAACCAUCACAAAACUGUCACCUGUGUGUGUCUGAGCAGCAGUGGCCAAAGGCUACUGUCAGCCUCUUUGGACAGGCACGUGAAGGUGUACAAUACCAGCAACUACAAAGUGGUGCACAACUUUGACUAUGCUACCUCCAUCCUCAGUAUGGCUUUAGCUCCAGAGGAUGAGACUAUUGUUGUGGGUAUGACCAGCGGUAUUCUGAGCAUCAAGCAUAGGAAAAACCCUGAAGAGUCAAAUAAGGUUUCAGGUCAACAGAGGCGGCGACCAUCAUACCGUGUGUUUGUGAAAGGAAAGAACUAUGCCCCUAAACAAGAUGAUUAUCUUGUCAGUAAACCUGUGAGACAACAUCUGGAAAAAUAUGACAAACUGCUAAGGAAGUUCAAUGUUUCCAAGGCUUUGGAUAAAGCUACGGAGUCAUGGACCAGAUUAAAGAAACCGGAAAUAACUGUUGCUGUUAUGAAGGAGUUGGAUCGGAGAGGAACACUGAAAAACGCUUUAGCCGGAAGGAAUGAACAGGAAGUUUCUCUGUUACUCAGCUUUUUGAUAGGGAACUUGGUUGACCCCAGGUUUGCGCCUGUCCUCGUCAUAGCAGCCGAUAUGAUGCUGGACAUUUACCAGUCAGUUGUCGGCCAGUCGCCCAUUGUGGAUCGCCAGCUUUUGCGCCUUCAAGAUCUACUGGGGAAGGAAAUUGAUUUCCAGCAAGAACUCCUGGAGGUGCUCGGUAUGUUGGACACAGUGUUUGCUUCACGCAUUCCAAGAAAGGCGGCGCCAUGCUUGGAAAACCGAAGACCUAACGGCUUGGCCGAGGGAGAAGGUAGUAGUGCCUCAAGACCUCACCGACAGGAAACCUGAAGCCUCUACUCCACUAAAAGGUCUCUAUGAAAACAGACUAAACAUGCGCCACACGAUGGACAACAUGUCUUGGCUCCAUGGAAUGAAAACAUUUUGGCGAAUGUUUCAGGGGAGACUGAUGCUUCAACAGCACAUGGCAUAAAAGGAUUCUGUAAAACAAGAUCAAUAUGUUUUUAUUGAAAGUCUUUUUAAUUAUACAAUAUUUUUCAGUUGUAAA